AUGGAAUCCGCCUCAGCGACUGCGCAGUCAAUGCACAGCAUCACCACUACUAAAUUGGCUGCGCUCUCAGCGAAGCAGCAGAGCUACGAAGCACAGAAAGCAAACAUACUCAAGUCUCUCACCACCACUGACAACAUAAGAACCAAAGUGAAACUUCUGCUAGACGCCAUCGAACUUCAUGAAAUCAAUCCGCCCUCCGACGUGUCAACGAAAAACAUUCGACGCUUCCUCGCGCAGUCUCAUAGCGACUCUGCCAUCUCACCGUCAACACUUCGAGAUUGGCAGGAUUCACUGGAAAAGUCUUUGGAGAUUCCCUCGCAGAAAUAUGAACACGCUUCCCUCUUUGGGCGCCUCGUCAUGGAGUGGCUCGAGAGCCCAAAUGAGACUGUUGCCAAGAACUCAGCCUCAGGUUCGAUGGACACUGAUUCAUUUGAGCAUGUCGGCCGCAAGGAGAUGUACGAACAGCGUAAAGAAUGGGAGUCGAUCGUAUUUUCCCAGAAUACAGACAUCUUAGCUUCAGCAAUCGAAGACUACCUUGGGAAGCUCUUCGGGUCUACCUCGCAAGCCAAGAAGCUCUUGAAAACACCCCUCGAGACUCUGCGGGAGUCGAUGUCAGAUUUCAAGGUCUAUCGUUUAAAUGAGGAUAAGUUGAAAUCAGCCAUCUCUGGCAUCUUAGUCACAGAUCUGUUGUCCGAGCCCAAGCGCAAGGCACUCUCAGACUUCAAAACCAAUCCUCUGAUUCUGCAGGAGAUAGCUGAUGUCCUGAAUAUGCAGCUCAGCGCUCUGGACUCGUGGAAUUGGGGAAAAGAUGCCGUCGACGUCACUGUCCGCCGGGCUCUGAACGGCAAGUACAGAGUGUACAUGGACGAAGAGCUGAUCCAAGCCAUCCUAAUCCACCACAUCGGCAUGUCCUUCGCCAUUCACUUGAAAAGCUGCCUUACGAAGUUCUUCCACUCGGGAGCCUGGCUGCAAACCUCGCGUCAGCCUCUAGACGCUGCUACAAGGCGGUUCCGUGAAGACUUCGGUGUGAGUGAUGGCUAUAGGUAUGACAACAAUGUACGGAAUGAGCGGCGGAGUCGAUUCUUCAACGAAUUCUUCCUCGUGCAGCUGCCCGCCAGCUAUGAGAAUACAUCAGACGCAUACGGUGAAGACAAUUACGACUCCAAAAGUACAUCGCCCAUGUCAACAAAACAAUCGCUACUCCAUCUUCUCAACGCAGAGAUGGUGCUACAGACUCGCCUCCAUGACUCACUUGCGCUUCUGCAGUCGGAUUUUCGCUGGUUCGGUCCCUCACUCAAUCAUACCACCAUUCUCACCGUCUGCCGCUUCCUAGGACUUCCACAGCACUGGCUCGACUUCUUUGAGAAAUUUCUGAAAGCACCGUUGAGAUUCUCUCAGGAUGGGCCGGACGCCGAAGUGCGCACACGAGGCUGCGGUGUUCCCAUUCAGCACAAGCUGAGUGAUACACUGGGUGAAGCAGUACUCUUCUGCUUGGACUUCGCAGUGAACAAGAACACGAAGACAGACAUCCAUCGAAUGCACGACGAUCUCUGGUUCUGGGGCUCACCGAAAGCAACGGAAGGGGCCUGGAAGACGAUACAAGAGUUUGCGGCAGUGAUGGGGCUUACGCUCAACAUGAGCAAGACAGGCUCUGCCAUCAUCGGGAAGGGUGCUGGUGGAGAAAAGGCUCGCACUCUGAUAGCUGGCGACAUCAGCUGGGGCUUCAUGAAGCUGAGCACAGAUGGUACAUGGAAUUUAGAUGACGCGCAAGUUGACGCCCACAUCCGCGAGAUCCGCACACAGCUCGCGGCGUGCAAGAGCAUCUUCGCUUGGGUACAAGCUUGGAAUAUGUACGUCACGCGCUUCAUGUCGAACAGUUUCGGGGACCCAUCGAACUCGCUCGGGCGCUCGCACAUCGACAUGACGAUCUCGGCGUUUGAGAAAAUCCAGCGCGGCGUCUUCGGAUGGCAAGAAGGCCAAAUCAGGGGCGAGAAUGUGCUCGACCACCUCCGACGGAAAUUGCGCGAUCGAUUCGGCACCACCGAUGCGCCUCCCGACGGCUUCUUCUACCUCCCCGUGGACCUGGGCGGGCUCGGUCUGCGCAAUCCGUUCAUCCCACUCCUGCUCGUGCAUGAGAGUGUGCAAGAGAAGCCUGUGGAUCUAGUCGAGCGCGCUUUCGAGCACGACGAACUCAGUUACAAUAACGAGAAGGAAUCCUAUGAAGCCGGCCUUCUGGGUUCGAAGAAUGAGAAAGCGGGCGUCCCGUUCUUGUCGUUCAGGGAAUAUAUGGCGCAGGCGGAGGAGACGAGCGCGAAUUUGAAGAAUGCGUAUGUGAAGCUUUUGGAGGCGCCGGUGAAGAGGGAUGUUGAGAGAACGGGGCUUAGUGGGGAGAAGGCCGAGGAGAUUGAGAGGAGGUUUGAUGCUUAUGAUGAGUGGGUGCUUGAGCUUUAUGGUGGGGAGGUCGUGGAGAGGUAUGGGGGGUUGGCGAUGGGGGAGAAGAGUUUGUUGCCGAUUGGGUUGGUGAAUCUGUUGAAGAGUGAGAAGAUCAGGUGGCAAGGAUGA